UGAAUGACCGAGCGGAAUUUACCUCCUACCUAAAACACAGGGACCUCACUUUUAGGAAUUCAGAUGCUAUCAGUUAGAUAAUUAUAAUUUUUAUCCAGUUUAUAUUUGUUUCUGAUACAAUGCUUUUUUCUUUAAUAUCUUCAAAGAGAGAUAUCAAAGUUCACUCAGAGACGGAAAUAGAGCAAUGACUGAUAGCUCCGUAUUGCUGCGACUGGGGAAAUGUUCUAUUGAUAGAACAAAACACAGCGACAUUGUGUUACAGAUUGGAUUGGAUAAGAAGCGAUUACAGCCCUGUGUAUUCUUCGCGUGUCUGCAUAUUGUGAAUGAAUUUUAUUUAAAAUAAAGUAAUUUAUAAGGAUGGGUAACAGUGCACUUGAAUCACGACAUGUAUUUCUAAGUUAUUGCCGAUUAUAAUGGCUAAUUGAAUUUUGGGAUCUAAUUGAUUUAUACUGUUGUGAAAAAUCUGGGUUUUCUGUUGGGAAAAUACCAGCGGGUUUUACAUGCAAUUUAUUGAUGUCAGCAGAAAUUUUUGUUGCAGAAUGGUAAUUUCACUUUAAAAAAUGGCAAAUAUACCAGAAAGCAGCAAUACAUUUGCUGGAAACAUUCAAAAUGUGCCGGAUUUUGUUCAGAAAUUAACAGCUGAUUCAAUCACCCCUGGGAGGAUGUCCCUGUUAAAUGACAGUUACGGGUCAAUGACUGGAGUAGGGGGAAGUGUGACCAACGAUUUGUCUAUGGCCUCAGGGAGUGGAAUGCUGAUUCCAGUCAGUGUAGUACCUACACCAGUAUUAGAUACAGUCAAAAUUAAAACAGAACCAAUCUUCACAGAUGAUGUAAAACCAAAGAUAAAAGUUGAGGAGAGUAGUAUACAGCCUGCCGAUUCCAAUAGUCCGAAGCAACCAUUUGUCCCGUGUAAAGUGUGUGGUGACAGAGCAUCAGGGUAUCAUUAUGGUGUGACGUCUUGUGAAGGAUGCAAGGUAUCUGUUAGAUUUGGGCGUGUACCAAAGCGAUCAAAAAGCAUGGAUGAACAGCAUGUGUCAUCAACGGAGCCAACCCUAGAGCAGACGGCACUAGAGAGUAAACAGCUGGCAAUCUACGACAUCAUUCUCAACGUUUCGCAAGCGCAUCUUGCCAACUGCGGCGUCACUGACGAUAAACUGAAACUUCUACAACGGAGACAUGCAACUUUGAUGACCAAGAUAGAGAUUCCAGACACUUUAGUACAGUUCUCGGACGAGGAGUUAGAGACACAACGAUUAUUGAUGUGGCAAUGCUACGCCAACCUUACAACUCCGGCAAUACAAAGUAUGGUGGAAUUUGUGAAACGUAUACCAGGUAUUUUAGAACUGUCGCAAGAUGAUCAGCUGAUAUUGAUCAAGAUGAGCUUCUUUGAAAUGUGGAUUACUCGUAUGGCACGUAUGUUCUCGCCCGAAGACAAUGUUCUUACGUUUGAAGAUGGGAGUAUGAUACAAAAAGAAGAACUUUCUGUUGUAUAUACGGCUGAAUUUGUGAAUGCAAUGUUUGAUGUAGCCGGCAACAUAAAUGGUCUGAACCUCAAUGAUACAGAGAUUGGUCUGUUGACAGCAGUGAUUCUAGCUACACCAGAUCGUCAUGGUAUACGAGACAUGAAAGCUGUUGAAAAUCUCUGGGAGAAACUGAUCGAGGCAUUAAAAUUGCAGUUAAAGCGGAACCACUCUACAGAAGAAAACUUGUUCGGCACUGCGCUCGUAAAAUUAUCAGAGUUACGUACCCUUGGUUCGCAUCAUAACGAACUUUUACAGUACUACAGAUCACACUGGCACCGAUGCAAAAUACCUCCGCUGUUCUCAGAGAUAUACGAUAUUCCGAAAAAUGACUUUCCUGUUUAUUCUACAGAAACUGCACCGUCAUCAUGAAUCGCUACUCCACAUUCGGGUAAACAUUUUAGAAAAAUGAACGUCAGAAAAUGAUUUUUUUGAAUACUUAGAAUUUGAUCAGGGAAAUUAUCAGGAAAAAUCAGUCACAAGUUAGCAUCAGUAUUUUUGCUAUGAAAAUUCUGCUGUUACUGUGAUGUCUAAGAAAAUAUCUAUACGGGUGUUUCUUACUGUAAUCAAAAGAACAAGCCACAGAAGAAGGUGUUGGACAUCAGAUCAAGAAUCAUUGAAAAAAUUACGUUUAAUAGAGGUGAAAAUAACAGAACAGUUUUGUUUUAAUUUAUCGACUUAUUGAGAAGCAUAAAAUAAAUGUUGGAAAAAGCAAGAAUUAAAAGGAAAAAGCGUAUAUUUGGUGAGCAGGAACAUGAUUUGCAAAAAAUAUGUCCAAAAAGCUGCAAAUUGAAUUGUUAAGUUUUAUUUGGACAUCAUGGAUAAAAAAACAACGAUGUUGGAUAAUGCCAGAGGUAAAAGAACGGUGUGACUAUUUGAUGAGCACUUCCCGCCUUCGAUGAAUGCCAAGGCCAUGAACUAAACCUGUACAGAAAUAUCACUUUUACAGAUCAGAUAGGAAAGUUUUUUCUUUUUUUUCUCAAAGAAAUUUAAUUUCUUGUUUUAAGUGAUUCAUAGUAUAGAAUACAUGAGCCGCGCCAUGAAAAAACCAACAGAGUGGCUUUACGACCAGCAU